AUGGGGUUUCCUAUUUUAGGUCGACUUAAUUUUCGUGACCACUUGGCCUUGGUAAUUGGUGUGUUUGCCUUGCUUCUUGAAGGUCUACUUCAGUCAUUAACGACUUGUGAUUUUGUUAUUAGGUUAUUUUCGAUGAGGUAUCAAGACACUCGAACACCCCCCGCCAAGGUUAUCCAAUAUUCAAAAAAUUUUCAAGAAAUGGUUGAGUAUUGGGGAUAUACUAUGGAAGAACAUAUUGUAAAGACUCAAGACAAUUAUAUCCUCGGUAUUCAUCGUAUACCGACGGGAAAACCUCAUGAUAAUGAAACAUCAACAGAAUCAAAUAUCAAAUCUAUUUUCAAUGAUUGUGGAAUUUCUCUAUCGACCAUUCGAACAAAUUAUUCGCGUUCUUCAAAAGAGAUAAAACCGGUGGUAUUAUUGUAUCAUGGACUUAUGAUGUGUAGUGAGGUAUGGAUCUGUAAUUUGGAAGAAGAAAGACAAUUACCUUUUCUAUUAGCUGAUGCUGGUUAUGAUGUUUGGCUUGGAAACGCUCGUGGUAAUAAGUAUUCUAUGAAACAUGUCAAGUAUAAACCAAGCGAAAGUCGAUUCUGGGAAUUUUCCAUAGAUGAAUUUGCUCUCUACGAUUUACCGGAUACAAUCGAUUAUAUUCUCGAGACUACUGGUGCCCCCUCACUUACAUAUAUUGGAUUUUCACAAGGAACUGCGCAAUCUUUUGCAGCCCUUUCAAUUAGCCCAAAAUUAAACAAAAAGGUCAAUCUCUUUAUUUCGUUGGCUCCCGCCACUAACCCAAAAGGUUUGCAAAAUCCUAUUGUCGAUGCUUUUAUCAAAGCUUCGCCUAACAUUGUAUAUCUUUUCUUUGGACGUAAGGCAUUUUUGACGAUGACAAUGUUUUGGCAAAGAGUGUUAUAUCCGCCGAUUUUCACCGAGCUUCUUGACAAGAGUAUGAAAUUUUUAUUUGGUUGGAAAGGGAUGAAUAUGACAAAAGAACAAAAGGCCGUAUCAUAUUAUCAUCUAUAUAGUUUCACAAGCGUAAAAAGUUUAGUGCACUGGUUUCAAAUUAUAAGAGCGAGUAAUUUUCAAAUGUAUGACGAAUUACCACCGUAUUUAUCGAUGGGACAUAGUUGUCAUAAUUUUCCUACUAAACAAAUUAAAACGCCCAUUGGAGUAUUUUAUGGUGGAAGUGACAGUUUAGUUGAUAUUGGAUUUCUCUUAAAACAAUUGCCUGAACCUGUGUUUGUAAAAGAAGUUCAACCUUACGAACAUUUGGGUAAGAAGAUUCUUUAG